AGUUGGCUGAGUCUGUGGUGGAGUGAGUGAGGCCCAGAGAGCCGGCAAGAGGGGAGCUGAGAUCUGUUUAAAGCAGUCAAGUCAAAGCAGGCAGGCAAGUAAAUAAUCUGGGAAGAGAGAGGUGAAAUCAGUUUGGGUUGUAGAGCAGAAAAGAGGUGAGAAAGAGAGGAUUUUGUCCUUCCAGAGGACUUGGUUGGGACAGGACACGCAGUCCUGCCUGGGGGCAACAAGAGACCAACUCACAGAAAGAGAGGGAACACCUGGACCAGGCAGAGUUACAGUCACAGGAAGCUUCUCCUCAAAUUCAACACUCACUUGGUCUCAGCUUGGCUGCAGGAGGCUACAGUUGUGUUUGCUGUGAUUUGAGAGGAGCAUGUUUGACUGUAUGGAGGCACUGGGGCUGGGCCCACGGCCCCUCUUUGAUGUGUCAGGACAAGGCUCCUGCAUGCUCAGCAAGGCUACCUCGUACUUCUCAGGCCUGGACCCCUUCGCCUGGGCCGGGACCGGCAGCAUUCAAUCGGUGGAGACCCAGAGCACCAGCUCAGAGGAGAUGGUGCCCAGCUCUCCUUCUCCCCCUCCUCCUCCUCGUGUCUACAAACCGUGCUUCGUGUGCCAGGACAAGUCAUCUGGCUAUCACUAUGGAGUGAGCUCCUGUGAGGGCUGCAAGGGUUUCUUUAGGCGCAGUAUCCAGAAGAACAUGGUGUACACUUGCCACAGAGACAAGAACUGCCAGAUCAACAAAGUGACGCGCAACCGCUGCCAGUACUGUCGGCUGCAGAAGUGCUUUGAGGUUGGCAUGUCCAAAGAAGCGGUUCGCAACGACAGGAACAAAAAGAAGAAGGACGUGAAGGAAGAGGUUGUGCUACCAGAAAACUACGAGCUGAGCGGGGAACUGGAAGAGCUGGUUAAAAAAGUCAGCAAAGCUCACCAAGAGACCUUUCCAUCUCUGGGCCAGCUGGGAAAAUACACUACAAAUUCAAGUGCCGACCACAGAGUGCAGCUGGACUUGGGCCUGUGGGAUAAGUUCAGUGAGCUGUCCACUAAGUGCAUUAUAAAGAUUGUGGAGUUUGCCAAGCGGCUACCAGGCUUCACUACGCUCACCAUCGCUGACCAGAUCACCCUCCUCAAAUCUGCAUGUCUGGACAUCCUGAUGCUGAGGAUAUGCACUCGCUACACCCCCGAACAGGACACAAUGACGUUCUCAGAUGGCCUCACACUCAACAGGACCCAGAUGCAUAAUGCCGGCUUCGGCCCGCUCACAGACCUGGUGUUUGCUUUUGCCGGUCAGCUGCUGCCUUUGGAGAUGGACGACACAGAAACAGGCCUGCUCAGUGCCAUCUGCCUCAUCUGCGGAGACCGUAUGGAUCUGGAAGAGCCACAGAAGGUAGACAAGCUGCAGGAGCCUCUACUGGAGGCUCUGAAGAUCUACACCCGCCGCAGACGCCCCAACAAGCCUCACAUGUUUCCCCGCAUGCUGAUGAAAGUCACAGACCUCCGAGGAAUCAGCACCAAAGGUGCAGAAAGAGCCGUCACACUGAAGACGGAGAUCCCGGGCCCCAUGCCUCCACUGAUCAGAGAGAUGUUGGAGAACCCCGAGGCCUUCGAGGACAGCAGUGACUCGGGGGACAGCGCUGCAGCCGCUCCCCCCGCCAUUCAAGCCAUCAAACAAGAAGAGAAAACCACUGAUGAGUCUGCAGUUGAGGAGGAAGAAGAGGAGGAGGAAGACGACUACUGGGACGAGGAGAAAGACAGAGGGGCAGACAGUGACAGGGAGCCGUCGGGGGAGGCGGUGCCGGCGGCGGCAGGCGGGCAAAAGAAAGGCGUGACUGGGAAAACGCAGUGAGACAGACACCAUGAUGCUGCUUCCUCCUUCAGAUCACUGAGCCCUCACCCAGCAAUAUCUCUCCUGAGAAACCUCACAGAAUUAGGCUCUUAAACAACAACAGUGUUUCAUACAGCACAUUUUUACAUAAACUGAAUAAUGUACAUGUGACUGAAAGGAAAAUGUGUUGAAUUCAGUCGAGGAGGCUAUAAGUGGGAGAAGCAAAAGCACUACAUUUCAGUGGGCUGGGGAGAGCAUCGUGAAAAGUCACUGUGCCAAAAUGGGACUGUACAAACGAUAUUUCAAAAGUGUUUGGUCCACCCAAACGGGAACUAGAGGUGGUGGACAGAAGAAAAUGCACUCCUCCGCUAUCUAUAAGGGCUAUGCUUUGUAUAAAAUUGAUGGUAAAAAUACAUUGCAACAACGGGACUCUAUGUCCAUUUGCCGCAUAUGUCUUCUCAGAAUUCCUAUUAUUACUAUUCAGAGAUAUGCGACUUAUUUUUUUAUAGUGGUUUUUCUAUGCAUGUUUCUGUUGUCCUGUCUAUGGGACUUUGUGUUGCUUUUUUGUAUAUUUUUCACCAUAAGUCCUGCUCAAAUUUGACUUGACAUGUGAUUUCUUUGGCUUGUCUUGUUAUUUGUAUGCAUUUGUUGCUUUAUUGGACAAAGUGAAAAGCAUUAGUGAAGAUAGUAAAGGGAGCAAAAGCAAAGAGAGAGCAGGUCAUGAGCAGGACUCAAACUCACAAUCUGACAAGCAUGUAGUUCUCUGAUCGUAAAACAUCCGAAAGACAAAACAGCUCUGGUGCUUUUGAUGCAAAAUGGACUCAAACAAAUAAUAGAAAAGAAAUGCAGCAAACUAUAUCCAACUUCUGACAAAAACACACACACAGAAAUUACAAAAAUAAUCUGCAGGGUAGAUUUAAUGUCAUCAUCACCAAAUCUCAGGUUGAUUCUUUUAGUGCCAUGUCUCACCUGAAUUUUGAGAAACUGCUGCUGUAAACGCACCCCUGUUCAAUAAAAUAAGUCUUCUAACAAUAAAGAGUAGAGAUGAUUAGAAAUAGAGGUUGUUUAUCAUGCCCUUGGUACAGUGAAUCAGGUACACAUAAGCCAUAAUAUUUUCAUUUUGUAAGAGUGAGGAUACAAUCUUCCAAAUGAGCGCAACACUCAAUCAGUUUACUUCACAGAAAACCUCAGGUGUGUAUGUGUGCGUGUGUGUGCAUUAGUGUGUUUACCAACCCACAAAGUCAUGUUGUAAAUAUAUGAUGUUACUUUCAUUAGUGCCAUAAUCCACAGUGAGCAUUUAAGAAGAAGUUCAAUUAAAAGUAUUCUUAAAAAUGCACAUAAGAUAGAUUUUGUAGAUAACUAUCAAAUGUGCUCACCCAAAGACUUCUGUUGGACAUUGAUGCCGAUGUCAGAUGAGAAACGAUCCCAUGAUUGAUUAACACGAGGUUGCAACCGUCCAACAAAACUAAGAAAACAAAAGCUUUACAUUGGGUUCCCUGUCUGCCGAAGCACAGGGCAGCAGUUUCAAAUAAUAUGUAUCUCAUGAGUGAUGCAAAACAUGUAUUUUGUCAAAUAAAUCAUUUGUUUUUCAUUCAGAUUUUUUUUACUUAAGAUACAAUUAUCUCUGUAAUGAAAGACAAAGGCAAUUAUUACUGAACUCCUUAAUAUUUGUAAGGAAACAAUGUCUCCAUCAGUAUGGUGUCCUUCAAAGAAUUGCAGUACAGCUGCAGCGUAACAUUGAUGUAGUUUGUUGAUAUAAGGGAUAAAAGAAGAAGCUAGUAUAAGAUAUCUAAAGGAUGAAUGAAGCAGAGAAAGAGAAGAUGUAGAGAAUAUAGGAGGAAAACAGAUCCUACAUCGGCUCAGUGGCAACCCUGCAGCCGCUUUACAGCAGUGACCAUGAUAGAUAGAUAUUUGGCACCAGAUGUGAUAUCAUUCAAUACGCAGAGGAUUGAAAUAAUCAACACUGUCGCCAUAAUGACGUUCAUAGACUGUGUGUCUACUGACUUGUGAUAAUAUAGAAUGGAAACAUCCCAAUCACAUGACUGAGGUAAAGGAUAAUAAUUAUCAUCAGUGUUUUUCUUUACUUGUUAAUCUCCAUCUCUCAAACUCUCACACGCAAUGAUUUGCACAUCGUCAGCCAAUAUCCGAGGUUUUAAAAUAUCCGAUUACAGCCGUAUUUCAUAGUAAUCAUUUCUGUUUUUGUUUUAUUGAAUUUGAGCGGGUGCAAUAGAUAAACCAUGGAUGAGGUCACAAAGGCCUCAGCUCCAUAUGUAAGCAUGUGAAUAGGAAGAAGAAAAAAAAGACCAAAGAUAUUUCAUUCAGUUUGGACAAAAACAACUGUUACUCAUACAAAUUCCAGUAAGGUCGACGAUGGGAUAUGUAUUCACGUUGUAUUUUUUGAUAGAAAAAAAUGUCAUAAUCUCAAAUGAGUUUUAAAGCUGGAACCGUUUUAUCUCUGUUACAUUUGUUGUUUUUUUUAACUGUUGUCUUUUUAUAAACUAUAUAUUUGUAGUGUGAAAAUAACAGCCUUAUUCUUAUGUUCAGGGAUUCAGACACCUCAUACGUUUUACUUCAAUUUGAUUUACACAAAAAAGCUCUGAUACAUACACACACACACACACACACACACACACACACACACACACACACACACAUACACACACACACACACACACACACACACAUACACACACACACACACACACACACACACACACACACACACACACACACACACACACACACACACACACACACACACACACACACACUCAGAAAAACAAAGACUGGGCUGAUCUGUUGUCGUUUUUACAUUUUGACUUGUUGCUUGUUUGCUUGUUUGCUUAUUUGUUAUUUGUUGUUGUCUUUCUUGUAUUUUGAUAAAGGCGCUUUUGGUUUCAGA